CUGUGUAGAGCUUCGUUUCAAUCCAAUGUACCGCAGUUACAAGUUGUGCUGUCUCUUCUUUAUAUGUAUUGGCUAUUAGGAUGAUAUUUUGAGAUAUUCUUUGCAUUAUUUAAGUUUCUGCUCAACGAUAUGCGGCUUUAAGAGAGUAGUGACAAACCACCAUCACCUGACACCACCUGACGGCAUCACUGCAUCACUUUUUAUCGUCCACCAUGCUUUGAGGAUUAGGAAACUGGCAUGUUCAAUGGAUAGGGAUCUAAAAUCAAAGAACUCAAAAGAGUAGUAUUCUCAUCAUGGACCGCGGCGAUGGCAUUAUCAGGUGGUCGCCCAACCGGACAAGAGAUGAGUUCUUAUCCAUCAACGCCAACUACCGGAUUUUACAACUGCACAAACCCACAGGGCAGGUUGUUCCGGAACAAUUUGAUUAUGAGGAUGUAGCAAAAUACACCGAUUUCCAAGGAUUUGAGACAUAUGAUUGGUCCCCAAGCAAUCCUGGUCUUGUUGCUCUUGGGACCAAGAGCGGAGAGGUUAAUCUCCUACGCGUAGAUGAUGGAUCUAACGACUCUAUGAUAUUGCCAUUGAAGCUCCAGAGAACUUGCCAAGCAGUUGCUUUCAAUACCACUGGGCUAUUGGCAGUUGGCCUCGAUCGAGUGCGAAACGACCAGUGCCUGCACAUCUGGGACAUAAACCAGCGCCUAUCAAAUUGGGAUCCUGCGAAGAAGGGUUGGCAAACCCCGCCAUUUCCCGCUGAUCCGCUUCAUAAAUUAGAAGCAAGUGUCGCAAUAACGAGUACUCGAUGGUUUGAGGACCAGCCCCAAACGUUGGUAGUGGGGGUGAAGAAUCAAAGCGUCAAAAUUCAUGACCUUCGCGAUCCCAAUGGCGCCGUUAUAAGCUUUCAAACAAGGUGUAACAAUAAUCUGGCAAUUGAUCAUAGAGACCCGAACUACUUCGCCUCGUCGUCCCUUGAUUCACCAGCCAUCAUGAUAUGGGAUCGCCGAGCUACGUCUCGCCAAGUGGCUUCGAAGAUGUACAAUGACACAGUAGACUCGGGCGAUGUGCCUUGGGGAUGCGCUUUGAAACUCAACCGAGCAAUUGACCCGAAGUACGACACGAAUAUUCGAAGUUUAAGGUAUUGUCGGGACCAGCGCAGUCUCUUGGCAGUCCUUUCCAGCGCUGGAGAAUUGCAACUCAUUUGUACCGAAAAAGAGCACAUAGAACCAAUGUCUGAGAAUGACACUGAAGGAUCACCCGAGUUGCUGGAAGUUAAGAGGUCACAUGAUUUGCAAUACCCCUACUUUAAUGAGGACUUUGGGUAUUCUCAUGAUGACCGUAUAGUAUCAUUCGACUGGGUGACACUAGGCUCUUCGUACUACCAGCCUAGAGUUAUCACACGACGAAGCAAUCACAAGAUGGGCGUCAUUUUGAAACCAUCUUUGUCUCGAAACCUUGUUCUGGACUUGAUGGACUUCUCAUCGAGAGCAAAGCAUACAAGCCGAGGAACAGUCCCAAAGUUUUCAGACGAGAAAGAAAGGGAAGCCGUUUUAAAACCGCUGGUUGAGUCGCAGAAACGGAAGGAUAUUGAAUUCGGCCCUGACGGAAAGAUCAAAAAAUCCGAACCCCCGCUUUCUCUGACAAGCCCAGGUACUACUUCAAAAUUCGACACUGUACUUGUUGCUGCCGACGAAAGCUCCAUGGCUAGUUCAAGUGAACUUGCUGGCAAAGGGUUGGAUGGAUUGCUCACAAGUCGCAUUCUCUCAAGUAGGGAACGCCACGGACAGUUAUUUUCCCAGAAAUCGAAUGACCUUGGAUCUAAAGAUGCAUUGCCGGAUCGAAUUAAUUCUCUAAUGAUAGCCCGCAUAAAACAAGGUUACUUGUUUAACUGUCAAAGAAACGCUAAUAUCCUUGUGGAUGAUCCUUGGCUAAAAGACGUUUGGAUAUGGAUUGAUGGUGCAGAAGGCGCUGCUGCUGGUGACGGCAUGGUUUCCGGUCAGUUAAAUCUUGCGUACAUGGGCGUGCAGAGCAUUUGGAACAAUGAUCUUGGCUCUAAGUAUACAUCAAGGUUAGUUGACCCGACCACUUCUACCAUACCAAGUGAAGACGAGUGGGGCGCAGCUCUUGCGGACAUUAAUAAGAAGGCGGGCCGUGGGUUAUUCAAAAGCGUUCCGACAAAGCGACCCCAUCACCGGCAAAUGUGCCUCGCGAUAUGUGGCUGGGGAAAAUCCCCAGCGGAGCUUGAGCAAGACCUAUUGGACUUGGAAGCAAAGGGCCAAUAUACAGUAGCAGCCGCAUGGGCUCUUUUCGAGAAGAAUCCCAAGCGAGCAGUUGAAUCCCUAAAACGCGGAGGGAAGAACCUUCUUUUCAUCGGUCUCGCUCUGAGCCUCCAAGUCAAGGGAAAUCCACCGCUUAAAAAGGAAGAGUGGGACUACAAUAUAUCCGAUCUUUCGGACAUGGCUAAUGAUCCCUAUCUCCGAGCUAUAUAUACACUCAUCAGUACUGGCGACUGGCGAGCAAUUGCCAACGAGGCAUCUUUACCACUGCGGGACCGAGUUGGAGUUGCGCUCCAUAACCUUGACGACACUGAGUUCCCCAACUGGCUCAACCGACAAACCGCAGAAGUUGUGCGCACUGGUGAUAUCGAAGGCCUGGUACUCACAGGAAUCACGGACAGUGCUGUGUCCCUACUCAGCGCCUAUAUUGAGAAGUUCGGCGACUAUCAGACGGCUACUUUGAUUAUCCAUUUUGCAGCCCCUUUGUACAUCGACGAUUUCAGAGUGUGGCAGUGGCGAGCCGAUUACCAAGACCUACACAACAAAAAUCGCCUCUUCGUUGAUCGCUGCCGAUUUGAUGUUCAGAGCACAAAAAAGAGUAGGGAUAGAGAUGGCUUUGCUGUUAUUAAGACACGGCCACGACAAGUCACACUGCGUUGUAUGCACUGCGACACCGCCUUCACCAACGAUCUCGACAAUACCGGCUCCAACGCUUCGACGCCGAAAGCCUCGGUGGCUUCUGCGUCUGGGGACCGUAACCCGCUGUAUAGCUCUGGGGUUCACGCAGGAAUUAACUGUCCGAAGUGUGGACGGCAUCUACCACGCUGCGGCAUCUGUCUGUUGACACUGGGCAUGCCGCGAAGUGAUAAGGAUCGUGUGGCUGUGGAGCCGUAUCAGCGACUUGCGAACUUCAUGAGCUUCUGCAUGAAGUGUGAUCACGCGUUCCAUGCAGACCAUGCGAGAAGUUGGUUUAAGGUGCAUAAUGAGUGCCCGAUUCCAGAGUGCCACUGUGCGUGUAAUGCGGAUGUGGGUGGGAUGGGGUCCAGGGAGGGGGAGGAGGAUAGGAAGAGCGAUAAGGCGAAGGAAGAGGAUGGGAGCAAAGAAGAAGAAGAUUAAGGUAGGGAAACAGCAGUGGAGUUUAAUGUAAAGGGGCGGCAGUGAGUUCAGGAUUUCAUGGCAAGUUAUGAUUGCAGAAAUAAACCCAAAAACCAAAUUUCAAACACACAAUGACAGUCGCGGAGAUAUGUGGCGAGAUAUCGUAGAGCAGAG